GUGAUUCAAGUGAGUGUAAGUUAAAUGCCGUUAUCUGUCCUAACUGAUCAUGUUCACCGUAAAGCUGGUCCUGUAGGUUUCUGCUGCUGGCCAAAAAUGUUCCUUCCCACGGCUGCUAGGCCUGGGCAUCUUUUAAUCAUGGUUAUCUUGGUAAGUAGCUCUUUCCAACUCCCAAUUUAUUAUGGGGAUGAUAUUUAGGUAGUGGCAGUGGCCAAUUAGGAGGCUAUGAAGAUGGUUCUCUACAGAUCAUUACUCGAAGUGAAGUGUUGAGUGCUUCAAAAUUGGUUUGAACGAAGACUACCAUUUCUUCCAAAAUCCAAAAUCACGAGGAUUAUUUCAUUUAACCAGCCUAAAACCACAUAAAAUAAACUAUGACGUAGCACAUAACGCUUUCGGCGUUGAAGAAUGGCUUAAUAUUUUGUCAAGAAUAAUAAAAAAAAUUUAUACUUCGAUCCAAUAACCUGAUAACAGUGAAAGGGAGAUAUGUGUGCACAACGUGUCUAAUCUGUAAGCAAAAGAGAUUAGAGGCCUACAAAAUUUAUGUAAAGUAGGCCUUAAAUACCUAUGUGUGUUAAGAAAAAAUUCACGUGCCGCUGUAAAAUAAUUUGUUUAACCACAAGGAAUGUGUUUCAGUCUAAAAAGCCUAUUAAAUGCCUGUAAGCAGUACAGAUAACGCACGUGUGCCUUGGUUACGUUGACCCUGGUACUUUUGGUAUAUACUUCAAGACUGGAUAACAGGCCUAAUUCGCAGUUUACCCGAGAAGGACACUAACGGGAAGGUCUUCGUUUUGACAAGAACAAAUUGAACAUAAGUGUAGGAUAUUCGUACAUGUAGAUUGCUCUAAACGUCUCAUGUUAACCUUUACAUCAAAUCAUUGACCAAUUCGUACGAGAAGGUUUAUAAACUUAGACAUCCAUGCCCUUUCGAAAGGAUACCCCAUGUCAUCGAGCAUAACUUACUGACAAGAGUGGAGUAUCGAAUGAGGAAUUCGUGAAGCGGAUGAACAGGACUAAAAGGAUGGUGGCUGUUGAUAUAAGGCUUAAAAUUCUAUUUCUUUGAUUCCUUGGAGCGUAUGGGCUAGAGGAUUUUCGAGUGAUAAAAAGGUUGAAUUUCUUCCGGAUGUGAACGUACUAUUACGCAUUAGGUUCGUUUGGCAUUGACAGAGAUGAGGAGAACAUAUAAUUACACACACAGGGGCCUGAAAGAGAUGUGUGUGUGACAUCAGAUGGAAAAGAUCUCUCUUCGAUUUGCCUGUCCAUUAGUUGAUACAGGACUACAUGUAAAUAGUAGGACCGGCAUGCUACACUCGAUGAACAUUAUGGACCCCGGAGAAAAAAGACGCCAACAACGACUGCGAGAUGUAAAACGAGGCGCGGAAUUCUUCAAGAAAGUCGAGACACUCGCAGACGUCUACUGGCGUGACCUUGACCCCACUUCACGUCUCGUGAACGUGAAAGGGCGCGGCCAGCGUCUUGCGCCGAUAAAUUGUGAUUCUAAUCAGAGUAGCUACAGCUCAUUGACGAUGACUGAGGAUUUAUCCACAUCACGUAUUAGUGAUUUAAAUCGUCGUGUGAGCAAGAGUCUCACGUCGUUGCCAUGUUUACCGAAAACUGUCACGUUUGCUCUGAAGCCGACGCCUACAGAGACACCGGAUGUUGACUCAAAACGUCUGCGCAAAAGCGACGGAUCGCCUUCUUGGUCGACAUAUCUUCUGGAUCGCCAGCCUCAUCAGAGACUGGACCAUCUUGUCGAAAUAGAUAGAAAGAUGCUGUCAACUCUCGCAGAAUCUCGCGAGAGUUUCUUCGAUGCGGAAGAAGAGGAAAUGGUUACAGAGAGCGAGAGGCGGAAGGUUAUCGAAAGUAUUCGCCGGUCCGACCGCAAGGAUUAUAUGAAACAACGACAUUACAACCACCGCUCGAAACUCUUGAAGGAAUUCGAACACCCUUUGAAAAGAGACAAUACGAUGCUAAUUCUAAACAGAGUGAACAAGUUGCUGGAGCCUGAUGUUAUUUCUAUUCACAGCGCGGAGGGUAGUUCCAGGUAUGAAUGGGACAGAGGUAGUUCGGCCGAUGUAGACGCACUUGAAGCCAUCUUGAGGGCGGAUGGGGUGACGGACGACCAGAAGGGUAGUGCGUCCCUGGUAGCAACGUCUUGGGAAGAUGUGCAGGACUUUGAGGAUUUCCUAAAGGCGCUCUGUGAGAACAGAAUGACACUGUCCGAGAAGUGUAACUGGUGGUUAAAUGACAAAUGUUUGAGUGCAUCGUGAAGGUUGAACCCCCUAUUAUUUCAAAGUGUACAAUUUUAUACAUGAAAACAAUAUGAUUGCGCACCUUCUUAUCUUAAGGAUCGACCAUAGGCACUACCGUUUUGGCAAGAACUUGAAAUCCUAAAGCUAUUAUCUUCAAAACGAAAUGAAUGCCGAUUUCAAGGGUGGGAAUCAGUUCUUUCGUUUCUGUCCAGGGUAAUCGCAUUUUAUGUUUUCGGCACUUUUGAUGGCGCGCUUCAUCAGUCUGACAAGUAUACUUGGGGUACAAAUUUUCAAAAACGAGACCACCCUCCCCACGUUUUAUGUAGCACUACCCCGAGUUGACGGAGCCGUAAUUUUGUAAUGUUUGCAAAAGGAUCGACCAUAGGCACUACCGUUUUGGCAAGAACUUGAAAAGAACUUGAAAUCCUAAAGCUAUUAUCUUCAAAACGAAAUGAAUGCCGAUAUCAAGGGUGGGAAUCAGUUCUUUCGUUUCUGUCCAGGGUAAUGGCAUUUUAUGUUUUUGGCACUUUUGAUGGUGCGCUUCAUCAGUCUGACGAGUAUACUUGGGGUACAAAUUUUCAAAAACGAGACCACCCUCCCCACGUUUUAUGUAGCACUACCCCGAGUGGACGGAGCCGUAAUUUUGUAAUGUUUGCAAAAGUUUCAGCUGGGUUCUUGGAAAUACGAUGUCCUCCACAUGCGGAUUCUGGGGCCGGCCGAUUUCUGAUAUAUUAGUGGUGAAUUAGUUAUACGAACAUCCCCUCUCCCAUUCGGGAGAAGAUGUGAACAAUUCAGUUCGGAAUGAAUUGCAACGAAAUGUGGUAAUAAGCAAUCUCUUUAUUUUCUACAUUUUUGUGAAUUUGAUAUGGAAUAAAUUACCAGUAGUUUACAUUA